AUGGGUCAACAUUGUUCGUGCAUGGAACAGUCACGUAAGUAUCAGAGACGGCAUUCUGAUGAUGUUGAUACUAUGGACAUGGAGCGAGGUGAUGAAGACGAUGGUGAUCAAGAGAUGGAAAUACUGGUGGGUCAUGACCACGAGCAGGAGAUGCAGGAAGUGUUUGGUACUAGAGUAAACAGUUGUCGGAGUAAUCAACGAGGAAGAUUAAAGCGGACCGGAUUUUCUAUUGCUAUUGGGCUACUGGAAGACGUAGACAAGAGAGAAGGAAAAGAGGAGGAGCAGCACAGGACGGGAUUGAUGGGGCUGGAUACAGAUUAUCGUCCAACGCCAUUGUUUUCACCAGAAGAAUUAUCGAAGUUGCUACGCUCAUAUCAAGAAGCCACAGGCGUGGUUGAUGAAGGCCAACUGGAGCUCGAAUGCAUCAUGUGUUUGGACACCUUUUCUCAAGAUAACCCGAAGGUCCGCACGCUAUGCAACUGCGGCAUGAAUCGCACGAACUUCCAUAUGAGCUGCUUGUUCGAGUGGCUUAAUCGUGAAGCCAACUGUCCGGUAUGUCGUGAGUACCUCUUCUUCGAGGACUAG